CAACAACUGGUACUCUAAUAUUUGCAAAAAGAUAUAAAGGAGAAGCUAAUCAAUAUGAUGUAAAUUCAAUGUAUAUAUUUGAAAUAAUAAAAAAAAAUGCAUUAUGGCCAAUUGCAUCAGCAACAAUAGAAGGAAAUUCUCCAAAGAAAAGUCUUCAAUUAAUAUUAAUGAAUAUAUCACCAAAUGCGCUUAUUUAUGAAAGAAACGUAUAUAUAACAGGAAAAGACAUGUUUGGUGAAUGGGGUAAUAUAUUAUACAAAAUUAAAAAAGAGAGUGUAAUAGAAGGAAAACUUUAUUAUAGCUGGAAAGUAGAACUUAAAACGGAAAUAGAAAUAGGUGAGCUGAAAUUUGAGAAAAAUGGAGUUUGUGUAGUAAAAAAUUGUAUAUCAAUUAUAUGGAAACUGUCAUAUUCAGAAAUUCCAAAUUUGAUUAUUUUCAAAGAAAAUGAGCUUCACUCUACAAAUAGUUUACCAGAUUUUGAGAAAAUACAACAAGAUAAAAAGCAGAAUACAAUAUUAAAUACAGAGUAUUCUGCUUUACAGACAGCAAAAAGAAAACUAUUAAAAAAGUCUAAUAUAAAUCUUCUGAAUAAAAUUAUAAUAGAAAUAUUUCAACAUUUACGAACACAAAAUAAAAGAUUAUGUGGUAAUAAUGAAUUAUUGUUUCUAGUUUUAUAUGUUAACAAAUGA